ACGGAUCACAUAUAUUAUUACAAAUAUAUUGCAAAAAAAAAAUAAAGUUUAAAUAAUAUUGUGCCGCCAUAUUUCUUUUUUAUGAAGAUUGUGCAGUUUUGUGAAUUCCGCGAUUAUUACUCGAAGAUUUUAUUACAUAACUGUUUGUUUUUACAUCGAACGUAGUAUUUUUUUUUGUAGUAGUUUUCAUUGUUAUUUUUACGAUUACGCUCGUUUCAGUCAACGGUUGCUGUUUUGGCACAGAAAAACGCACACAACGACACGAGACAUAGUAAAGAAAGUGUUUCUAAUAUAAUUUGAACAGACUGACAUUGUUCAUUGUUCAUUGAUACGUCGUGUCGAGUGGUGUCUAGUCUAUGGACGGAACUGUGCAAUGAGGCUGUUCAUGACUAUUUCCUUAAUCCUACUGUGUUUAGUGGACAAAAGUUAUGGUGGUUUUAAAGAUUUCCUGACCAAUCUACCGAGUGAAGUCGCCGAGGCUUUCAAAUCAACAUGGAGUAUCAUUAAAUCGAAGGUCCCGGCGACCCUAAGUAUUGACAGACCAUAUAAACGAGCAGUAUUACCAUAUACUCAAAGUUCGGGGGCAUCAACAUACGACCAGGCAACAGAAAGGCAUGGAUACAUUAUAGAAAUACCUGUCAUACAAGAACCAAGAUCCAGAUUCCAAAAUAGGUACAGAAUGAUACCAUCGCCUAUUUACAACUACAUUAGAGGUAACAGAAGAAUUGAAGAACCUUAUCAUUCCAAGUUGAGUGUGGGUUCUAUACCAGACAAUGAAUUGGCAAUCGAACAUCCAAGCAAGAGAAACAGAGAAUUUGCUGAGCCAUACCAAUCUUCAGACGAGGAGGAGUCUCUAUUGGAAAGUAACUUUGAUAUUGAAAAGGAACACGUGGGUGAGAAUUCUUCAAAAACCUUAUGCAUGAGUUUUUUGGGGAAAAGUGAACUUUUAAUAAUUUUUCAUCCUUUACAGAAAUUAUCUACUGUCCAGGCUCGAAAUGAAGGAAUUAAUAUACUUAUAUUUAUAUAGCUUUAAAGUAUCUUAGCAUGUUACCUUUAUUCUUGCAUGUUUUACCAGUCUUGUUUGUGUGUCUUAUUCUUGCAUGUAGCACGUUCUAGCUAAUUUUGUUUGUUUUCUCCUUAAAGAAUAUUAUGUUUAUUCAAUAUUUAUAAUUAAAUUGUAUUUCUUGCUGCAACCAAUUAGAUCAAUUUCAACUACAACUCUUACUUGAUCCGCCGGGUGAAAAGCCAUUUAGCCGUAGGAGGUUCCAAUAUUAUAAUGGAAACGGCCAAUAAUGUUUAUAUUUAAGAACCGGAUUGGUUUGAGAGACAAGAGGCACCCCCCUCCCCUGUGUCUAAGAAGUCUGAAGCCCCCUCCUAUCUGCUUGACUUCAAACUCUUUAGGAUACAUUUUUUUUACAAUCUUGUCUUAAACUUUUUGUAAUAGGACAAUUUUUUAAAUUACAAUUG